CUCUCUCAUCUCUCCGACUCAAAAUUCAAACUCAUAGAGUUCACACACUUGCCUAGCUAGCUAUAACGCCCUAAUCUAAUUAAGCCCUUUGUUGCCACUUCAACAAACUCGAAGCUCCUUUACCUAGCUAGCUUACCUGAGCUGAACGAGCUAUGAUACGCAACAUGGCAAACUCCGGUUCCAGCGGCCGGGGCAUCGCAACCAUUGUGGGAGUUGGACCGAAUCUAGGCCGGUCCAUCGCCCGCAAGUUCGCCCAUGAGGGCUACACAGUGGCUAUUCUUGCUCGUGAUCUUGACGGAUUGUCGAAAUUUGCCGACGAGAUUGCGAGGGAGGAGAAAUCUCAAGUGUUUGCCAUAAGAAUUGACUGUUCCGACUCUCGGAGCGUGAGGGAGGCCUUUGAGAGUGUUCUUUCCCUUGGCUUUGUGGAGGUGCUGGUCUACAAUGCUUACCAGCCGGCUUCUUCAAACCCCACAAAAUUCACCGACAUUCGUAUCGACUCCCUGGAGAAGUCCCUUGCCGUUUCUUCUGUCGGAGCUUUCCACUGUGCUCAACAGGUUCUUCCUGGUAUGGUGGAGAGGGGAAGGGGGACGAUUUUGUUCACCGGAUGUUCAGCUUCUCUUAGAGGCAGUGCUGGCUACUCUGAGCUAUGCUGUGGGAAAUUUGCCCUAAGAGGGCUAUCCCAAUGUUUGUCUAUGGAGUUUCAACCUUAUGGUGUACACAUUGCGCAUGUUAUCGUUGACGGUGUCAUGGGACCGGCUAGGGGUGGCUUGUCAUCGAGUUCGAAUUCAAGAAUCGCCAGAGCGGGAGUCGGCGGAGGUGGAGAUGGAUCAAUGGACCCAGAUGCGGUGGCUCAAACCUACUGGCACUUGCAUAUUCAAGACAGGAGCGCUUGGACCCAGGAAAUCGACCUCCGUCCUUCAAUACCUCCAAUAUUUUGCUAAUCCUUACAAUAAUUCCGAGUUUCCUUGAAUCCAUGAAAGGUCCCCAAAUAUAAUGCAUAAGGCUAGCUGCGUUUUUCACAUCAUCAUUGGUUCAUUAUUAUCAUUACUAGUCCCUUCUCCUAUUGCUUUCAUCGCAUCAUUGUUACUACAACUUGGCCUACUAGCCCUCAUUCCACUGCUCGCCUCCAAUCCUCAUCAAUGACACCCAUCUUGUCUCCAUUAGAUCACAAGGUGUCUAUUAUAGUCUAGAACUUCUUGCAUACAGGAACAGUGUCAUACAACGUUUCUGUGGCAAUAAUUUAUCAAGUCGACAAGCCAAUGGGAAGAAGCCAUGAAGUAGUUCAUUUGGUUUUAACAUAUUACCUGUUAAGAGUCUACCACGACUUUGAGGACCCUCCAAGUGAUCAGUAGUUCAGUGCAGCUUGAAGCUUUUGCUAGGCUCAGGUCUCAAUCUACAUCCUCAAGUAGUCAAGAAUUCAUGGUCGGGUUAUAAUCAUUGUGGGGCUAAAAAAAUGCAUCAUGUUCAUCUUUUCUGUUCAUUUUAUCUUCGAUUAGUAUGCGGUUGACGGUGGAUUUAUUAUGUACAAAAGUGUGAUAUGUUGCUUAUCGUUAUUUUAAAGACAUUACGAUUCAAGAUUCAUAUUAUUACGUUGUGAUUAA